GAUGAUGCACUCGAUCUCCUCUCCAUUGUGAGCGACAAGAACGACAAAGCUUCGCUAGGCCAAAAGGCCGCUACGGGUGUAGACACCCAUCCCGAGAGACGUUUCAAGGCAGCAUUUGAGACCUAUCGAGAGCGAGAGCUGCCCAGGCUACGACAGGAAUUCAAAGGCUUGCGUCUACAACAACUCAACGAUAUGAUGUACAAGGACUUCCAGAAGCACCCGGACAACCCUUUCAACCAAGUCACGCUCUCCUUCGAUGCAACAAAGGCCGACAAGGUCGAAGCCAUCAAGGCCAAGCGUUCCGAGAUUGACGCCCGUCUGAGGGAGCAAGCAAGAUAA